AUGCCCCGCAUUCUUCGCUACCAGCCAUUCAAAGGAUUGUAUCUCGCAAUCGAGGUCCUCUUCACGCUCGCCGUACGAAUUCCUGUGUGGACGCUUCUCUCGAUACCAAGGUCAUGGCGCCCCCGACGAUCCUGGGAUAUUAAGCGCGUUAUCAUGGUCCGACUCGUCAAAUUAUUCAUGGACCUACCCCUGAGGACUGGUCCCUUCGUGACCACUCCCAAUUACCUGGGAAUUACCCCAGGCAGAGGCGUGAAUGGAAUUUGGGUCGAACCCGUACCCCAGUUGAUCACUUCGCCUCUUUCCGAAUGGGCCAAGACAGCGGACGUCACUCCAGUUAAGAUUCCGGGGUAUUGGACCCACAAGCAAGAUUCCACUAUUCCUGUCGGCGAGUCGCCCAUGCCGGGUGAAAAAGUCAUCUACUCGAUGCACGGCGGCGCGUACUCGCACCAGUCGGCGCAUCCCACAGAUCUCAUUGCCGCCAUUGCCAGAGGGAUUUUGAAGCAUACCGACUCCGUGCACAGGGUCUUCGCAAUUGAAUACCGUCUGUCUGAGUUCGGGCCGUUCCCCGCCGCCCUGCUUGACGCAUUGGCGGGCUACAAUUAUCUCGUGAACGAAGUCGGCUUCAACCCCGCUGACAUCAUCUUUGAAGGCGAUUCUGCGGGGGGUAACCUCGCCCACGCCCUCACGCGUUAUCUCAUCGAACAACACGAUAACACCACUGUCCAGUUACCAGCGCCCCCCGGUGCACUAUUGCUCCUCUCCCCUUGGGUUGACCUAUCCAACUCACACGACGAGAACCCCGCAACCGACUCAUCGAGCCGCCACAAUUCCUCGGAUUACGCUGAGAUCCUCCCCUUAUCACCCGGCGUCGAACACUCCAAAAAGGCUUUCAUUGGUCCUCAUGGUUUCCGUGCUGUAGAGACGAACCGAUACAUCUCGCCGGCGGCGAAGAACCCCGCUAUCUUUAAUACAGACAAUCCAAAGGGCACUUCCUUGUUCACGGGCUUCCCAAGGACUUUUGUCGUUGUUGGUGGGGCGGAGACCCUCUACGAUCAGAUCAAAACGUUCAUUGACCGGAUGGUCGGCGAGCUAGGCGUCGGCGAUGGGAUCACGGCAGGCGAAGGCAAGGUAUCGUAUUUUGAGGCCCCCGAUGGCAUUCACGAUUAUCUUGUUUUCCCUUGGCACGAACCUGAACGCACCGAAACGCUCCAGGCCAUCGCUAAGUGGAUCGAUGCGGACAAGCCAUAA